AUGAGCUCGAUGGCCGAGGGCAGUGAGGGCAGGGAACGAGAGGAUGAGCUUGAUCUGGGCAAUGAAGACGACUUUCCCCAACAGGCUGACCAUGAGACCCUCGCCCUUGAGGGUCAGCCCUCCUCGCAGGAGUUCGUCGACCAGGAAUUGGACUCAGGAGACAAUGUGGAGGUACAAGAUCAGGCCUCCGAAAAGACUGUCGCACCCGCAGGCCCCGAACUCCCCCAGACUCCUCCGGCGCAACACGCGCAGUUCAACGCCACUUCGGGAAGUGUAGACGAAACAGCCUCGACCCCUGAUGAUACCCCGUCUUUACAUGGAUCUGUUCUGUCCUCCCAAAGCAGCAGUGCGCUAGCAUUGCGAAGCUCUCCACGAGUCAGCCCCAGUCCAGCACACCGUCCCUUUGACCUCCGCUUCCAAUCCCGGCUAUCCUCAUCGACUCUUAGCCCCUCUAGGCAGGGCUCGCCAUUCCUUGCCCAUCUCCAUUCCCGGCAAUCAUCCUUUACGAGCCAGCUUUCGCCGACACCAGAAUCGGACAACGAACCGACUCAGAGCCCAUGGGAUGUCGUACGAUGGACAAAGCUGCGAAAAAUAACUGGGCAAGCCUUUUCAGAGAUUGGGAAGCGCAACUUUGGGCGGCCCACAUGCCUGGCGGUUUCUACGUCCAUUGUGAUCGGUACCUCGAAAGGAAUUAUUCUGGUAUUUGAUUAUCAGCAGAGCUUGAAGACUAUCAUCGGGACUGGUACGAAAGCUGUUGAAUGCGGACCCAUCACAGCUCUAGCACUGUCUGCAGAUCACUCCACUGUGGCCGGAGGACAUGAAACGGGUGAUAUUUACACAUGGGAAAUCUCUCGAUCAGCACGACCCUUUCUCCAUAUAACCCCACUUCCAGCAAAUCAAGUUGAUACUCGAACAUCCGAUGGGCAUAUCGCGGGAUCCGCGGUCAUUCAUAUCGGCUUCCUUGGCACCCGGCGCACUGCAAUCGUUUCAGCUGAUACCAGAGGAAUGGCAUUUUCCCAUUUGGCAACACGAGGCACGGGAUCAUUGGGUCGAACCAUCAAGACGACUCGAAUCCUGGGCCGAUAUCCAGCAACUGCGCCGGAAGAGCGCCGGCGAAAACCUAGCUCUGUCUUAGCUUUCUCCCCUCUACCUCUUGGCAACGUUGAGCAACCGUACGACUCAUUAGGUCUUGUUGCCAUGUUGACACCUUACCUUUUAGUGAUAGUGUCCACAACUCCGGUCGCGCAAACCCAACACAAAGCGCCGCGGCCCAAGGAAGUCCCGGCGCACAGUGCCAUGACUGGAGCUCUAGCCUGGUUCCCCGCCAUUCGGCUGAAGGGCAAAGAUAGCCAGACGUCGAACACCAAGCUCGUCUAUUGCUGGUCCAAUGUUUUGACUGUGCUGGACGUGACAGAAGCGGAGACUGACGAGCCAUUGGACCGCGAUCGGCGGCCUAGCCUUGUUUUCAGAGCGCGAAGUAGAUGGAAGGCCGAGGAGGCUAUCGUCGCCGUUCAAUGGCUCAGUCGAUCUGUGCUAGCAGUGUUUACGAUCACCCAGCGACUGCUGAUCCUUGAGGAUUACACUAUGCAUGUCACAGAGUCCAUCGAUCUUGCCCACCGCCACAUCUAUCAUACCGACCUUUUCUCAUCCCAACUCCAUAAUCUUGUCGAGCAACUUGAUGAAGAAGAUACGUCGAUGCAUGGCGUCGUGGCUGAUGCGUUUUACAUGAGCUUCCGGGCCUAUAAAGGCCGGCUUUUCUUGCUUGGCUACAAUGAAGCCCAGGUCGGUAACCUCUCCAACUGGGCUGACCGACUCCUUGCUCUCAUGGAAGCGGGUGAUUUUAUUGGAGCUAUUCGAUUGGCGACAUCUUACUAUACGGGAGCCGCAGAGAAGCUCACAGUUGGCCUUCCCGAAGAGGAUGCUUUGAGACAACCAAUUGUCCAAGAAAAGCUCCUUGAGAUGAUCUCUGCGUCUCUCAAGUAUGCUUUUGGGCGUAAUGAUGAAGCACACAACGGGCGCGUACAGAACGAACAGCUUGAGGAACUCGCUGAAGUUUCCAUCGCCGCUUGCAUCUAUAUGGACGAUGUCGAGUUUCUGUGGGAAGAAGUGUUCACUUGGUAUGAGGAGCAGGGAUCCGCAGGAAUUUUCCUCGAGGUCCUUGAACCGCGUAUCAUUGAUGGAACCAUUCGCUCACUUCCCCCGAUUGCUGUCAAAGCUCUGAUCAAUCAUUUCAUCAAAACCCACUCGCCUGGCCGUCUGGAGGAAAUUAUCUGUCUGCUAAACACUACGACGAUGGAUAUUGACCAAGUCACAACCCUAUGCAAACAACAUAACCUGUUCGAUGCGUACAUUUAUGUGUGGAACCGUUGUCUAGCAGACUACAUUGGGCCACUGGAGGAACUCCUGCAGAUGAUCCCCACUCAGACCGAGCCUCUGGUCAAUGGAGACUAUGCUCUCGAAGUGACAAAGCACACUAACGCGAUGAAAAGUUUCGCUUACCUGUCCUUCGUGCUCACUGGACGUAUCUACCCCACUGGGGAUGAGAUGGAUGAAACCGAGGCAUCACGGGCCAAGCUAUCUCUGUAUCAAUAUCUUUUCUCGGGCAAUCUAGAGCCUGUCGACGGCUCUAGUGAGACCAAAUCAUUCUCACAACUCCGGGCUCUGCUCAAGUUUGAUGCGUCCAGCUUCAUGAGCAUGCUCAACGAAGCUUUCGAGGACAGCUUCCUCAACGAGCCCGACUCCGAAGAAAGCCCUUCUCCAGGAGCGUCGAUCAAUCGACAGUACCUGAUCAGCAUUUUGCUCCAAGUCAUGGAUGCGUCUUCUUUCACUCCUGCUGAUACCAUUUACCUGGACAUGUUUGUUGCACGCAAUCUCCCCAAAUACCCCCAGUACAUUCUUCUUUCAGGCACAACUCUGCAUCAGGUCCUGACCCGCCUGUGUCAAUACCCGGACGAGAGCAUGGCCGACGACUGCGAAUUGAGUGCUGAGUACUUGCUGUCUUUCUACCAUCCACCGGAUAUCCAGAGCAUGGUGCCGUUGUUUCAGGCAGCUCGCUUUUUCCGGAUUUUGAAGUCCAUCUAUCGCUCUGAAAAGCAAUAUCCGCAAUGGAUCAUGACAUAUCUCGAAGAUCCAAAUGACAAAGAGGCCAUUUUCACCUCCAUACAUGACUGUCUCCGCUCGGGAUCCGGGCUAGGCAAGAAGCAGAGGAAAGAUGUCGUGGAUGUGGUUCAAAAGCAUGCCAGAGAGAUUGCUGAUAUUGACGUGAUGCGGACUGCUCAGACAAUGCAGAUCCUAGCUCCUGAAGUCCAUUCUACAUUUUUACAAGUGCUGGAACACGACACCUACAGACAAUACCAGUAUCUUCGAGUCUUGGUGGAACCCGCUGGCCCAAGUGGUGAAAAGCCUCCGUCUGUCGAGAACUCAAUGAUCGAACGCUACGUGCAGCUUCUUUGCAAAUACAACCCCCAACAUGUGGCAGACUUUGUUGAAGGCUUACGAGUUGGCGACAUUCAUCUUGAGGAGCUUCUUCCGGCCAUUGAGGAGAGUGGGGUCAUUGAUGCCGCCGUGAUUCUCCUUGCUCGACAGGGCCAAGUGCGAGCAGCUAUGGACCGUCUCAUUGCACACCUGAGCACGCUGGAGUCGGGCCUGAUUGGCAUACUGCAAAGCGCCAACCAGACUCCAGACACGGCGACUACAGUGGAAGCGAUUGAUGAUCUGCUUGAUUCCCUGAAUAAGUAUGCCGGGGUCGGAACCUGGCUCUGCCAGGUUCAGUCUAAGACUGCGAAGCCGAGUCGACCGAGCCUGAAUGGACAGCGUGGCGUGUCGCCCCUUGAGCAGGCCCUCACAUUCGACGAAAAUCUCUGGCUUGACCUUAUCGAGGCAGUGGUGCGCAUUGCUAGCAACGUGUUUGCACUCUUGGAUCAACAGUCCAAGGUCUCGGAGACGCAUCAGCCAGCAUCCCCACGAGGGGACACUGGACGGUUGACUACAUCAUUCCGCGCCCUCAUCCAGCAGGCCUUCACGACAUUACUUGCCAGCACCGUCAAAGGUGGUACUUCAUCCAGCAGUGAACGCACCGACAUGUCCUUCCUCCGCAUUCUCCGCGCGUUUCUCACGCGGGCUGCUACCUGGUCACCAUCCCUCCUUGAGCUGCGAGCCGUCUUGGCAUCUAUCUUCUCCGCGUAUUCCUAUGAGAAAUCCCUCCUGGCCCUGGCUAACGGCAUGCUCGACCGCGACCUCUUCGUGCACGUGGACGAGGUCACCCGACUCCGGCAACAAGGCUGGCGACCUCGUGGCCAAGUGUGCGAGAUCUGCCGACGACGAACCUGGGGCAUCAAUGUGGGCUCAUCACACUGGACCGCAUGGGAAAAGCGACAACGCGACCAACACCACCGCCGUAUCGCCAAGCGACUCGAAGAGGGAUAUAAUCCGGCCGAGCGGGGCAAGGGUAAAGCGGCAGCUGUAGACGCGGGCCAGCUGCCCCUGAUGGACAAUCCGCAACACCAUGCCUUGGAGGAAGGGGUCGAGACCGGGUCGACCGGCGAUCUUCCCCUUGAGCCGGUGGUAGUUUUCUCGUGCCGACAUCUGUACCACCGGCAGUGCGUUCUAGAUGCCAGUACCCAUAAGCGACCCACGGAUUUGGAUUCGCAUUCGCAUUCCUUCGCCGAGAUAAAGAAUGGGUAG